GUGAAACUUUGAAAGCCCUGGAAAAUAAAGUUUUUCAUCAGAGUUGCUUUUUAUACAUCCCGCCAAACUGCCCCGAAAUUCUAGGCAGAUGCCGCCGGUUGAUAAUAGUUUAGCUGGUUUAACUCUUGACGACGUUUUGGGAAAAGCUAAACAAGCUCAACCGCCGGCAGCUCAAAACAAAGCUAAAUUAUCUCAACCUCCGGUAGCUCAGAACAAAGCUAAAUUAUCUCAACCUCCGGUAGCUCAGAACAAAGCUAAACAAGCUCAACUGCCGGCAUCUCAGAACAAAACUAAACAAUCUGAACCACCGCCGGCUCAGAAUCUUGUACUUGCGGAUACUGUACCAGAUGAUACAUCUACCAAGGACAAGAAGAGUUGGAAGUUAAUUCGGGAGAAGCUCCGGCUUAAGAAAGCCGUUGGUUCGUCUUGGACCUCUUCGAUUCCUAUUCCGGCAUCCGAUAUUAACGUUCAAAGAUCCCAAAAACGUGCCCCGGAUGGGAAGUCCCGGCCACUAUUGGCUCGGAGGACUUCCGUACGGUUUGAUAACAAUGAUUCGGAUUCCAGCACGCCGAGUAACGGUCCACCGUCGAGAAGCUUUAAGUCAUACGACGAUGAAGAAGGCAUCGACUCUUUUAGGGGAGCGCCUUUGGGUAAGGAGAGAUCAUUGUCCGCCAGAGAAGCAGUUGCUUCACAGGAAGCGACGGAAGCGGCGGCGGCAGCUGCAGCCGAAAAAGAAGAGGCGGAAAAUAACGGUACGGCCGAGGGCGAGGAAACUGUUAAGAUGUCGUUGAUGGAUUUAUUGGGUGAGUCGGGAUCGAGUUACAUAAAUGAAGACGAGGAGUACUGUGAAGAAGAAGAGGAAGAGGAAGAGGAAAAGGAAGAAACCGUGCAAUCAAAGGGAAUGGAAUUCACGUGUUGCGUUUGCAAGGUCAAUAUUACGAGCUCGGCGUACAUGCCUUGUACGCAUACGUUUUGCCGCCUUUGCUCCAAGGAGUUCUCGGUUCAGCGAGGGAGCUGCCCACUUUGCAAUGCCUUCGUCUUGGAAAUUCUUGAGAUUUUCUAA